CAUUGAAGCCACGCUACCGCGAACGGCAAUCAGGCGGAAGUUUAGAGUUAGGGGGCAACCUGGAAGCUGACAGGGCCGCUAUAGUGUGCCCCCCUUUAGUGGCUCAUGCUCGCAACUCAGUGGAGGUGGCCUGGACCUAUCUUCGUGGCCUUGGCGUCUUUGGUGACAGUUACGUCUGCCUUGAUCAAUCUCAGAUCGAUCAACUCCUUUCCGAUCCAAUAACAUCGACGACGUCGCGCAUUUUUGACGCAUCUCCCGAUACGCAAAAUAUUCGGUGGAUGCAGGCUUUCACCCUGGAGGACAAGUAACGUCUACCUGGCCUAACCAAUUCGACUUAGCUGUCACCGCCCGUCCAUCCUGGACCUCAACGUAAUCUCAACCUCUACCACCUUCGAGCUUUCUCGCAUACUCCUCAAAACCCUUGACGAUGGCAGUAAAUCGCAUUAAGGGCGCCUUUGCCGUGCCUCGAAAGGGUGAGACUUUUGAACUGCGCGCUGGUCUGGUCUCGCAGUAUGCAUACGAGCGCAAGGAGUCGAUCCAAAAGACCAUCAUGGCCAUGACGCUGGGCAAAGAUGUGUCAGCACUCUUUCCCGACGUGCUCAAGAACAUUGCGACCGGCGAUCUCGAUCAAAAGAAGCUUGUAUACCUUUACCUGAUGAACUACGCCAAGUCACAUCCCGAUCUCUGUAUUCUCGCCGUCAAUACCUUCGUUCAGGAUUCCGAAGACCCAAAUCCGCUGAUAAGAGCACUCGCGAUCCGAACAAUGGGGUGCAUCAGAGUGGACAAAAUGGUGGAUUAUAUGGAAGAGCCCCUGAGAAAGACGCUACGAGACGAAUCGCCAUACGUACGCAAGACAGCCGCCAUUUGCGUCGCCAAAUUGUUUGAUCUCAACCCACAGAUGUGUAUUGAAAAUGGAUUUUUGGAGGCUCUUCAGGAAUUGAUUGGCGACCCCAACCCUAUGGUUGUCGCCAACUCGGUGACCGCUCUGUCUGAGAUUACCGAGACCGCGCCUGAGACGAGGGCAUUGAUUGUUACCCCUGUGACGUUGAAGAAGCUGCUUAUGGCUCUUAACGAGUGUACCGAAUGGGGACGUGUUACUAUUUUGACAACCUUGGCAGACUACUCUGCGUCAGACCAGAAGGAGUCGGAGCACAUUUGUGAGCGUGUAGCACCUCAAUUCCAGCAUGUUAACCCUAGUGUGGUUCUUGCUGCCGUUAAGGUUGUCUUCAUUCACAUGAAGGCUCUGAACCCUGACUCCGUGAGGUCAUACCUCAAGAAGAUGGCACCUCCUCUUGUUACUUUGGUCGCUUCGCAACCCGAGGUUCAAUAUGUUGCCCUGCGAAACAUUGAUCUCCUACUCCAAGCCAAGCCAGAUAUUCUCAGCAAGGAAAUGCGCGUUUUCUUCUGUAAAUACACAGACCCACCAUACGUCAAGCUGCAAAAGCUGGAAAUCAUGGUCAGGAUAGCGAACGAACACAACUACGAGCAACUUCUUGCCGAGUUAAAGGAGUAUGCCCUGGAAGUGGAUAUGGAUUUCGUCCGAAGAGCUGUCAAGGCUAUCGGCCAGGUGGCCAUCAAGAUCGAGAACGCUGCUGAGAAGUGUGUUGCGGCCCUCGAGGACCUCAUUUCUACCAAAGUCAACUACGUUGUACAGGAAGUUAUUGUGGUCAUCAAGGAUAUUCUCCGAAAAUACCCUGGAUAUGAAGGUGUUAUCCCCACGCUCUGCAAGCACAUUGAUGAGUUGGAUGAGCCUACCGCUCGUGGAUCUCUUAUCUGGAUCGUCGGUGAGUAUGCCGAGAAGAUCAACAAUGCCGACGAGAUCUUGGAGAGUUUUGUUGAGUCUUUCAUGGAGGAGUUUACACAGACACAAUUGCAAAUAUUGACGGCUGUGGUAAAGUUGUUCUUGAAGAAGCCCGGUAGCAACCAAAAUCUGGUUCAAAAGGUUCUCCAAGCGGCUACAGCGGAGAACGAUAACCCCGAUAUCCGCGAUAGGGCAUAUGUGUACUGGCGUCUUCUUUCUUCAGACCCUGAAGUUGCCAAGAAUAUUGUCCUGUCCCAGAAGCCCACCAUCACAACUACCAUGACAAGUCUCCCACCCGCUCUCUUGGAGCAGCUUCUCACCGAACUAUCUACUCUUGCUUCAGUCUACCACAAGCCUCCGGAGUCAUUUGUUGGUAAGGGCCGUUUUGGUGCCGAUGAGAUCCAGCGAGCUGCUAUUCAGGAGCAGCGACAAAACGCCGCCGAAAACCCCAUCGCAGCUUCAGUGGCCACGGCUUCAUCCAACGGAUCUGGCGGCGGUGCCCAGAACAACAUCGAAAACUUGCUCGAUAUUGAUUUUGAUGGUGCCGCGCCUGCUUCUCAUGAGCAGAACAGUGCUUCCGCAACCCCUGACAGAGUGGCCAGCCCAUCUGCGAGUGGACCUUCAGGGGCUAUGGCCGACAUGAUGAGCAUGUUCGAUGCGCCGGCGCAGCCUUCGGGCGUAGGAGCUCCCACAUCAGCUGCGGGACCUAGCAACAACAUGAAUGACUUGAUGAAUGGAUUUGAGGGCUUGAACUUUGGCGGUGCAACAACGAGCGAGCCUCUACCAGCAGCGAUGCAAUUGCAGCAGGCACAGGGGGGUGCACCUCAGCAGCCCAAGAAGGACAGCGACGACUUGCUGGGUCUGUUGUAGAAGCGUACAUGUAGAUGAUCUUUAAGCUAAGAGAUGCCUGUUGGUUUACAAAAGAGUAUGAGUAACGAGAUGUCUUCACUGAAGAUAUGGCGUUGGCGCAAAAGAUGAAAUGACUUCGACCAAACCAUCUUGUUAUCGCGUCAAACGCUUGCCAAUAAAGGUUAAAGGUGCAAUUAUAAUGUUGAUUUCUUGAU